AUGUGUGGUGAAAUUCCCGUACAACCCUUGACUUUUGUGCUAUUCCCAAACCAUCCGUCACGCGCUUGCGCUGUCGACACCACGAAACGUCGCAGUCGCUAUCACAAACGCUGUGAUAACCACUACAUUUGCGCCACGUGUCUCUGGAAACCCCUUCGAAUGUCAGAACUUUCCUCCUUCGCCACGUGGUUUUCUCCGCCACUGACUCCGGCUCUCCAACGUAAAGCCUUGCCCCUUUUCAUGGGUCUGGCAUUUCAUAUUCUUGUUUUGAUCAUCUCUGUUUGUUUGGAUCGUUAUUGGCCGGAGUUUAGCAUUGUUGUGACUUUGAUAUUUUGUUUGCAAUAUGUUUUGAAAAUCGAGGGAAGGGGUAUAAACUACUGCCGGGAAGUGAAUAGUUUUGCUAUUGUUCUGCAACAGAACAGGCUUUCAGUUUGGAGUUGGUGUAGUAUAGAAUUUGGUCUAAGAUUCAAGUCAUCUGUUAAGGAAUGGGAAGAUGUAAGUGAUGCCAUGUAUGACAAGUUCGAUUAA